GCCACCCCCUCCUUGGCAUCUCAACCCAGCUUCUCAACUUCUCACGCAACCACCGGUAUCGUCACCACAUCGCAACCCACACCCGCAACGAUGCACGUCUCCGAGCCCGCCCGCCCCGUCCAGGGCAAGUCGAUCGCCGCUAUCAGCCAGCGCAGCCCAUACAAGGCCUACAGGAGUCCCUUUGGUCCCCAGUACACCAUCCAGCGCAACUUCCACGGCAUCACCGCCCGCCACCUGGUCAAGUUCGGUACCCUGGCUGCCGGCUUCGGCGGCGUUGCUGGAUUCUUCGCCUUGUUCUUCUUUGCCGAGGUCCCCAAGGUUCGCGAUGAUAUCAUGAUGAGGACUCCCCUGGGCAGCUUCUUCAAGAAGGAGAUCGCUCCUGAGGACAACCCUUUCUAAAUGCUCUGAUCCACGCAGGACGGGGUGUAUUAUACGAGGCAUGGCUUUAGCGCUGGACUGAGCUGGCUUGCUGUAUAUUAGCGGCUGCAAGUGUGGAAUAGACUUUCUUGUGUUCA